AUGUUAAAAAAUGCAUUUUUAACUUCGAAAGAUCAAUUCACGAAAAGUCAAAAAAUGUCUUAGUUUUUCGAGUUUUUCAGCCAAAAAUGAUGACAAAUCAAUAUUUUUGAAGCUUCUGGAGUAAUUUCUGAUGAAAAUUGACCUGAAUUCACUUUCCAGAAGGUUUUGCUGAUUUUUCGUAAAAUAAAAAAAUUUUAAAUUUUGAUGAAUUUCGAAAAAAUUCAUAAAAUAAAGCAAAAUAGGGUUCUCGAAGCUUAUUUUCAUCAGAAAUUACUCGAGAAGCUUAAAAAAUAUUGAUUUGUCAUCAUUUUUGGCUGAAAAACUUGAAAAACUAAUUUUGACCUACAAUGUUUUUUCGAAAUUUUUUGAAUUUUCGUGAAUUGAUCUUUCGAUGUUAAAAAAACAUUUUUAAACUUGAAUUUUUUCGCAAGGCGCCGAAAUUCAAAAAUUAAAAAAAAAAAUUUGAUUCUACAGUAAUCCAGAAAAUGUUGGCGCCAAAGCCUCUCUGUCGAGAAAAAAACGGCAUAAUUUUAUUUGUGUAAAUAUUUUUUGUGGUAGUAAUAGUUUUGGUUUCUCUCUCUCUCUCUCUCUCUCUCUCUCUCUCUCUCUCUCUCUCUCUCUCUCUCUCUCUCUCUCUCUCUCUCUCUCUCUCUCUCUCUCUCUCUCUCUCUCUCUCUCUCUCUCUCUCUCUCUCUCUCUCUCUCUCUCUCUCUCUCUCGCAAUUUGUUCCCAAAAAUGUGUCUUUUUUUUUUUUUUGGCUGCAUCUUCAUUUAUCUGACUGUUUAGAUUUUUACACUAAAAAAUCGGCGAAAAAUCGUGAUUAGAAAGAUAUUUAUUUUUGUUUGUACUGAUUUUUUUUCGAUUUUUUUGAGGCGCCAAAAAUUUUGAUUUGAAUUUUUGAAUUUUCGAAAUUACUGUAGAUCAAAAAAAGUGCACAUUUCUGAUUUUUGCGCCCAAAAAAAAACACUUGAAAUUUCAAAAAAAAAACUUGAUCUUUGCAAAAUCGAAAUUUUUUUGACGCGAAAAGAAAUUCGUCAAAUGACCAAAAAUCUCAACUAAUUUUCAAGUGUUCCUAAGUUUAUAAUAACCUCUCAUUUUUUUUACAUGAAUCACCGUGCAGUUUUUUGAAUUUAGCGCAAAAUUUUAGUGCUGAAAAUCUAAAAUUCUGGAAAUUUUCGUAAAAAAAAUUUUUUAGGGAUAAAUUCCUUCUGAAAAUUCUGAAUUUUAAAUUUUUUAUUUUAUUUUAAUUUUUGCCUCUGACUUCUCUGCGUCUCUAACCAUAUAUUUUCUCUAGCUGUCUAGCUUCUCUGCGUCUCUAUCUUGUUUCUCAUCUCUAGCUCUACCUUCUCUGCGUCUCUCACAUUCCAAUCAUCUCUAGCUGUCUAGCUUCUCUAUGUCUCUCACAUCCCAAUUAUCUCUAGUUCUAUAGCUUCUCUGCGUCUCUCACAUCCCAACUAUCUCUAGCUGUCUAGCUUCUCUGCGUCUCUAGCUUGUUUCUCAUCUCUAGUUCUAUAGCUUCUCUGCGUCUCUAGCUUCCCAAUUAUCUCUAGCUGUCUAGCUUCUCUGCCUCUCUAACCAUAUAUUUUCUCUAGCUGUCUAGCUACUCUGCGUCUCUAGCUUUCCAAGUAUCUCUAGCUGUCUAGCUUCUCUCUGUCUCUAGCUUCCCAAUCAUCUCUAGCUGUCUAGUUUCUCUGCGUCUCUAGCUGUCUAGCUUCUCUCUGUCUCUCACAUUCCAAUGAUCUCUAGUUCUAUAGCUUCUCUAUGUCUCUAGCUUCCCAAUUAUCUCUAUUUCUAAAGCUUCUCUGCGUCUCUACCCUCAAAAUAAUAUAAAUUUCCAGAAUCAGCAGUGGCUCCGUCACCAGCUCCUCCCCCACCAACCGCUUCUUCCGCCUCCUCUUCCGCCCCUCCACCGCAUCUCGCGCUCUCCAAAACGCAAUCAAUGGAAGUGGGCGGCGUCGGCGGUGUUCAAGUGGUGCAACCGCAGCUCAGCUCGAGUUUGCCGGGUGGCGGCGGCACAUCGCUGGCGCAACGCCCCCGUCGACAAUCGCUGCUCAUCGGCCAACGCAGUUUGGAUGUUUAUAAUGAGGUGGAUCAGGGUCCGAAAUUUGUGCGAUGGAUUAUUGAGAAGUUCAGAUCGUGGGGAUUUUUGAUUGCGAAACACGCGUGGAUUGCCAUUGUGAUUUGUUUGAUUGUUUCGGCGUUGUCGGUGUUGAAGAUUGUGACGACGAAGUGAGUUAGAGACGCAGACGGGGGCUAGAUAGACAGCUAGAGAUAAUUAGAGAGUGAGAGAAACUAGACAACUAGAUAGAGAUAACUAGAAAGCUAGAGAUAAUUAGAGAGCGAGAGACACAGGUGAGCUAGAGAAAAAUAGAUGGUUAGAGACUCAGAGCGGCUAGACAGCUAGAGAUAAUUAGAGAGUGAGAGACACAGGUAAUCUGGAGAAAAAUAGAUGGUUAGAGACGCAGAGCGGCUUGACAGCUAGAGAUAAUUAGAGACGUAGAGAAACUAGACAACUAGAUAGAGAUAACUAGACAGCUAGAGAUAAUUAGAGAGUGAGAGACACAGGUAAGCUAGAGAAAAAUGGAUGAUUAGACACAUAGAGAUGCUAGACAACUAGAGAUAGCUAGAUGGUUAGAGACGUAGAGAAACUAGACAACUAGAUAGAGAUUACUAGACAGCUAGAGAUAAUUAGAGAGUGAGAGACACAGAUAAGCCAGAGAAAAUGAGAUGGUUAGAGACGCAGAGCGGCUAGACAGCUAGAGAUAAUUAGAGAGUGAGAGACACAGAGCGGCUAGACAGCUAGAGAUAAUUAGAGAGUGAGAGACACAGAUAAGCCAGAGAAAAUGAGAUGGUUAGAGACGCAGAGCGGCUAGACAGCUAGAGAUAAUUAGAGAGUGAGAGACACAGAGCGGCUAGACAGCUAGAGAUAACUAGGAAAUGAGAGACACAGAUAAGCCAGAGAAAAUGAGAUGAUUAGAGACGCAGAGAGGCUAGACAGCUAGAGAUAAUUAGAGAGUGAGAGACACAGAGCGGCUAGACAGCUAGAGAAAUUUAGAGAGUGAGAGACAUAGGUAAGCUAGAGAAAAUGAGAUGGUUAGAGACGCAGAGGGGGAAGUUAGACAGCUAGAGAUAAUUGGAGAGGUAGAGAAACUAGACAACCAGAUGGCGAGGGACGCAGAGAGGCCAGACAGCUAGAAUUAUUUGAUAUAGUGAGGAUGCUAGAGAAGCAGAGCGGCCAGACAGCUAGAGAUUAUUGAUAUAGUGAGAGACGCAGAGAAGCUAGAGAAAAAUAGAUGGUUAGAGACGCAGAGCGGCUAGAUUUUUGGAAUGUUUUUAAAUUUUUUGACCUGAAAUUCGGAUUCUACGUUAAAUUUUAUCCUAGAAAAAUUAAUUUUUGAACCCAAAAUAUGGUUAGAGACACAGAGAAGCCAGACGGCUAGAAAUCACUAGGAAGUUAGAGAUGCAGAGGGGCUAGACAUCUAGAGAAAAAUAUAUAUGGUUAGAGACGCAGAGGGGCUAGACAUCUAGAGAAAAAUAUAUGGUUAGAGACGCAGAGAAGCUAGACAGCUAUACAAAAAUAGAUGGUUAGAGACGCAGAGUAACCCUAGGCUCAUUUCAUAUCAAAAUGCUCCAAAUUUUUGCAGACAAAAAAACGAUAUAACCGGAUAUUCUCCAUAUGGUGCACGAGCUCUCACCGAAUACACAGAAUAUUCUCGAUUUUUCUCAUCCGAAGGUCUUGCUGUCGCCGCCUAUCUUUUCAUCAUAGCAAAAGAUAACGGAAGUAUGACGAGACCCGAUUAUUUGGAGGAAACUAUUCAAGUUUUGAAUUUUGCCAUGAAUAAUAUCACAAUGUUUGAUGCGACAUCCAACAAAAAUGAGACUUUUAAUCAGUUUUGUCAGAAUUUUUGUCAGAUUAAUGAGCCGGUUCGACAGUUUUAUGUGAGUUUUUAUGAAUUUAGGGUACUGUAGAUGGUUUUGGCGCGAAAAUUUGGAGUUUUUUGAGACCAAAUAUGCCUAGGGGUACUGUAGAUGAUUUUGGCGCGAAAAUUCCGGAUUUUUUGAGACCAAACAUGCUUAGGGGUACUGUAGAUGGUUUUGGCGCGAAAAUUUGGAGUUUUUUGAUACCAAACAUGCUUAGGGGUACUGUAGAUGAUUUUGGCGCGAAAAUUCCGAGUCUUGUGAUACCAAACAUGCUUAGGGGUACUGUAGAUGGUUUUGGCGCGAAAAAUUCGAGUUUUUUGAUGCCAAACAUGCUUAGGGUACUGUAAAUUCAGAAAAUUCAACUACAGUACUCUGUGUCCCUUUGAAAUCCAAUUUUUUCAAAAAAAUUCAAAUCUACGUUUUUGGCGCCGAAACUCAGCCCUACAGUACCCGACAAAUUCUAUCGAAAAAUUCGAAUUUUGCGCCAAAAAACCCACUUACAGUACUCUAUGUCCCUUUAAAAAUAUUUUAACAAGCAAAUUUAAAAAAAUUCAAAUCAAUUUGUUUUUUUCGCGCCAAAAACCCCUCACCUACAGUACUCCUUCUAUGUCCCUUUAAAAAAUAUUUUGAGCUAAUUUCAAAAAUUCAAAUCAAUUUAUUUUUUUUCGCGCCAAAAACCCCCCACCUACAGUACCACCUUCUAUGUCCCUUUAAAAAUCCUCACUCAAUUUUUCCCGUUUCUUCCAGAAUGGCUACAAAAUUCUGAACGACGGUGGCGACAAUUCUCGAAUCAAAAUGAAUUAUCCGAUUUCGGAAAUGUUCGGCCGUCAAUUCUCACUUCAGCCCAAUUUUUUCGGCGUCGAAACUUUUGAAAAUUCGGAUCAAGCUGCGAAGAUUUUGGCUGGAAAUGAUGAUGAAAAUCUCGAUGUUGCUGCUGAAACUUCAAAUUCUACAGCAGAACCUAUGGCAGUUUCGAAGAUCACAAAUGUGAAAAGUGUCAAAAUGAUCACGUUGCAAUUUCGAGCCGAACACAAGGCGGGAUGGAAAGAUGAGGAGAUCAAAAAAUGGGAAAUGCAAUUGGUGGAGAUUUUUGAGAAGUUAGUGAAUACGGUAGAGCCUGGGGUACUGUAGAUUUUGAAAAUUUGCGAUUUUUUGAGACCAAAUAUGACUAGGGUUACUGUAAAUAGAUUUUUUUAGCCACGUGGCAGUGGCAGCAAAUUUACACGUGGAAUGUUUUCUUUCAGGACUACUGUAUGCGCCUAUAAAAAUUCCUUCGCAUGUUCCUUUAAACCUCCUACAGUAACCCUGGGAUUAUUUGGUGUCAAAAUGCGCGGGAUUACUGUAUGCGCCUUUGAAAAUUUGGAAAAAAACGCUUUCAUUUUUUUUAAUUUCUGAAAAACUGACAUGUUCCUUGAAACCUGCUACAGUAACCCUGAGCUUAUUUGGUAUCAAAAUGCUUAGAAUUUUCUUGGGACUACUGUAUGCGCCUUGAAACCUGCUACAGUAACCCUAGGCUUAUUUGGUCUCAAAACAUUCAGAAUUUUCUAGGGAAUACUGUAUGUCCCUUGAAACCUUCUACAGUAACCCUGGGCUUAUUUGGUCUCAAAACAAUCAGAAUUUUCUUAAGACUACUGUAUGUCCCUUUAAAAUUCCACAAAACUUUGUAUGUUCCUUGAAACCUGCUACAGUAACCCCGAGCUUAUUUGGUCUCAAAAUGCGUGGAUUUUUUUUGGGAUUACUGUAUGCGCUUUUGAAAAUUAGAAAAAAAACGCUUUCAUGUUUUGCAAGGCUUUUUAAAAUUCCUGACAUGUCCCUUGAAACCUCCUACAGUAAUCCUGGGGUUAUUUGGUCUCAAAACAAUCAGAAUUUUCUAGAGAAUACUGUAUGCGCCUUUAAAUCCAAAAUUUUUCCAGAAACUACAACUCAAAACGCCUGAAAAUCUACUCAUAUUCUCAAACGUACGUGGAAGAGGAAAUGGUGCGCGGUGGUAUUAUAAUGAUACCGUACCUCGUCGUCGGCUUCUCGAUUAUGUGUGUUUGUAGUUGUAUUCUGGUGAUGACUCGUGCACUUUAUAUGCAUCAGGAGAAUUUUUAUAAGGUACGGUAGUUUUGUAGUUCGGGGUACUGUAGAGUUUUGAAGUGCGCGCACGCGAUUUGGAGCAUUUUGAUAUACGAUAAGAGAGCUGGUUAGAGACGCAGAGAAGCUAGACAGCUAGAGAUAGAGAGAAGGUGAGAGACGCAGAGAAAUGAGACAGCUAGAGAUAGAGAGAAGGUGAGAGAGGCUAGACAGCUACAGAUUUUUGCUAUAGUGAGAGACGUAGAGAAUCUAGAUAGCGUGGGAAAUUGAGAGACGCAGAGAAGCUAGACAGCUAGAGAUAGAGAGAAGGUGAGAGAUGCAGAGAAAUUAGGCAACGUGGGAAAGAGAGAGACGCAGAGAAGCCAGGCAGCUAGAGAUAGAGAGAAGGUGAGAGAUACAGAGAAUCUAGACAGCGUGGGAAAGUGAGAGACGCUGAGAAGCCAGGCAGCUAGAGACAGAGAGAAAAUUAGAGACGCAGAGAAGCCAGGCAGCUAGAGAUCAUUGGAAAAUGUGAAGGAGAGAGAGAGAGAGAAGCUAGACAGCUAGAGAUGAAGAGGAAGUGAGAGACGCAGAGUAGCUAGACAGCUAGAGAUAAGGAGGAGGUGAGAGACGCAGAUAAAAACUGCUUGGAAGUUAGAGACGCAGAGAAUCUAGACAGCUAGAGAUAUUUGUUAUAGUGAGAGACGCAGAGUAGCUAAACAGCUAGAGAUAUAGAGAAUGUGAGAGAUGCAGGGAAUCUAGACAGCGUAGGAAAGUUAGAGACGCAGAGAAGCUAGACAACUAGAGAUAGAGAGAAGAUGAGAGAUGCAGAGAAAAACUGCUAGCAAGUUAGAGACGCAGAGAAGCUAGACAGCUAGAGAGAAUUGGAAAAUGAGAAGGAGAGAGAGAGAGGCUAGACAGCUAGAGAUUUUUGCCAUAGUCAGAGACGCAGAGAAGCUAGACAGCUAGAGAAAAAGAGACAAUUAGAGACGCAGUAUAAAACAUCUAGGAAGUUAGAGACGCAGAGAAGCUAGACAGCUAGAGAAAAAGAGACAGCUAGAGACGCAGAGAAAAUCCCCAAUAAUAUCUUGCAGAUAAUUCUUGCCAUCAUGGCAUGCCUAACUCCACUUCUCGCCUGUUCAACCGCACUCGCCGUAAUGUUCCUCUGCGGAAUCCGUUUCGCCUCCAUCCUCUGCGUCAUUCCAUUUCUCGUCUUGUCAAUCGGCGUCGAUUCCUCCUACCUAAUGAUUCACGAAUGGCAGCGAGUCACCAAGCAUAUGCGAGAGACGCCGAGAAAAAAAGACAGUGUCGGACAUCGAAUGAGCGAAGUGAUGGCCGAAGUCGGACCCGCCAUCCUCAUUUCCUGCCUCACCAACAUGUUUGCCGAUUUUGUCGGCGCGUUCACGUCGUCGCCCGAAAUCACGCUGCUUUGUGCCGGAAAUAUGUUGUCGAUGUGGUUUGCGUUCAUUUAUCAGGUAUUUUUUUUAGUACCAAUAAGCCUAAGCUUAGGGUUACUGUAGGGUUUUUUUUGGCGCGAAAAUUUGGAAUUUUUUGAGACCAAACAUGCCUAGACUUAGGGUUACUGUAGGUGCCACGUGUCAAAAAUUUGGAAUUUUUUGAGACCAAACAUGCCUAGGCUUAGGGUUACUGUAGCUGCCACGUGUCAACAAUUCGGAAUUUUUUGAGACCAAAUAAGCCGGGUUACUGUAGAUCAAUUUUUGCCGCGAAAUUUUUUUUUGAAACCUUGGGUUACUGUAGCUGCCACGUGUCAAAAAUUUGGAAUUUUUUGAGACCAAACAUGCCUAGGCUUAGGAUUACUGUAGUUGCCACGUGUCAAAAAUUUGGAAUUUUUUGAGACCAAAUAAGCCGGGUUACUGUAGAUCAAUUUUUGCCGCGAAAAAAAUACGUUUCAAAAUUUUUUCAAAAUAAAAAAAUCUACAGUACCCAAGCCUAGAAUUUAAAGGCACAUAGAACUACAGUACCCCAGAUUACUGUAGAUUAUUUUCAGAAUAAACAUUUUUAGUAAAAUUUGAAUUUUCGGGUCCCGACGCGCCUACAGUAAGAAGAAAAUCUGAAGCUCAGAAAAAAUGGCAAAGCAUAUCAUGUUUGGACUCAAAAUUUCCGGGAAUUUUUGAAUUUUUGGGUCCCGACGCGCCUACAGUAACCCUAAAUGAUUUUUGCCAGAUGACCUUCUACGCGGGCCUGAUGUCCAUUGUUGGAAAAUUCGAGUUCGGCACCGACGAGGUCGACAAAAAUCGCAUGGAAAUCAACAUUGCCGAAAAUCGCGUCAACAUUGCCAGACAUCAUCGACCGCUUACGGUAGGUAUACGGUAGGACUACAGUAAUCCACGUGUCAUCAUUUUUUUCUCUGCAGCGCCAACCUUCCAAAUUCCACGAAGCAACUCAGCCGAUCAUCAGUGAAAGCCUACAAAAAUACACGCAUUUGAUGACGACCCCCCUGGUUUUUGUCGGAAUUUGUGUGCUCUACAUUGCCUAUCUGGCUUUCAGUAUUUAUGUGAGUGAUUUUGGCGCGAAAAUUUGGGAUUUUUUGAUACCAAACAUGCUUAGGGGUACUGUAGAUCAAAAAUUUCGGAUUUUUUGAUAGUAAACAAGCCUUGGGUUACUGUAGGAAGUUUCAAGGGACAUGUAAAUUUUUCAGGAACUUUAAAAAGCCUUGCAAAAAAUGAAAGCGUUUUUUUCAAAUUUUCAAAGGCGCAUACAGUAGUCCCAAGAAAAGUCCACGCAUUCUGAUACCAAACAAGCUCAGGGUUACUGUAGGAGGUUUAAAGGAACAUGCGAAGUUUUGUGGAAUUUUUAAAGGCACAUACAGUAGUCCUGAGUAGAUGGCCUUGGGUUACUGUAGAUCAAAAAUUUCGGAUUUUUCGAUAGUAAAAAAGCCUAGGGGUACUGUAGAUCACAAAUUUUGGAUUUUUUGAUAGUAAACAAGCCUUGGGUUACUGUAGAUCAAAAAUUUCGGAUUUUUUGAUAGUAAACAAGCCUUGGGUUACUGUAGAUUCUGAUUUUUUGGACCAAAUAUGACUAGGGGUACUGUAGAUGCCAAAAAUCGAAAUUUUUUGACUUACGAUUACUGUAGAAAAAUGCAAGAUUCAAACUUUCAAAAUCUACAGUAAUCCUAGGCUUGUUUACUAUCAAAAAUUUCGAAAUUUUUCGCCUACAGUAACCCCAGACGUAUUUACCGUAAUCCGAUUUGUUUUUUGCGCAGGGCAUAACUCAAGUCAACAUAAAUCUGACGGCUCAAAAACUAUUCGCGUUGGAUUCGCCACUUUUGGAACUCGAUGAUUUGCGAGUACAGUAUCAGGUGCCGCAUUUCUCAAUGGCUACGGUAUUUGUGAAUAAUCCCGGAAAUUUGGAAGAUCCACAAAGAUUGAUGAGAUUGAAUAAGUGGGUUUUUUUGGCGCCAAAAAAUCCACGUGGCGCCAAAAAAAUCUGAAAUUUAUUCCAGAUUUAUUCGAGAAAUGGAGGCGUUGAAUGGAAGUUGGGGAAAAUCGUGGGGCGAAGUUGGAACCAAAUAUUUUUGCAGAGAUUAUGAUGUCUUCCAACAGUGUAGGUGAUGGGUUACUGUAGAAGCCUAGGCUCAAAAAUUUGCCAUUUUUUGACACCAAACAUGCCCAGGGUUACUGUAGAUCAAAUUUUUUUCCUCCAGCAUUCGGAAGCGAAGAUGAAGAAGAGGAGGAAGAGGAUUUUGAGAGUGAGAAAGAGGUUACUGUACAUUCGGAUGAUAAAAUGACAUACCGUGAAGAUGAGCUGAAAUACUUUCUGAAUUGGCCCGAAUACGAUUUUUGGCAGGGUUUUGUGAAAACCAAAAAUGCCACGAAUACCACGGAUCCUGAGUGAGUUUUUUUUUGUCAAGGAGCCGCGCCUUUGGGCAAUUUGUUCUCAAGGAGCCACGCCUUGAGAGAUUAUCUUGUCAAGGAUCCGCUCCUUGAGAGUUUGUCUUGUCAAGGAGUAGAUCCUUGAGGUUUUAUUUCUCCAAGGAGCCGCACCUUCUCAAACUUUCUGUCAAGGAGCUGCGCCUUGAGAGUUUGUCUUGUCAAGGAGACGCGCCUUUAGGCUCUCUAUUCUCAAGAAGACGCGCCUUCUCAACCUUUCUUUUAAGGAGCCGCCCCUUGAGGGUUUAUCUUGUCAAGGAGUCGCUCCUUGAGGUUUUAUUUCCCCAAGGAACCGCGCCUUGAGAGUUCAUCUUGUCAAGGAGCCGCGCCUUCAGGCUCUCUAUUCUCAAGAAGCCGCCCCUUCUCAACCUUUCUUUUAAGGAGCCGCGCCUUGAGAGUUUGUCUUGUCAAGAAGCCGCGCCUUCUCAAACUUUCUGUCAAGAAACCGCCCCUUGAGGGUUUAUCCUGUCAAGAAGCCGCUUCUUGAGGUUUUAUUUCCCCAAGGAGCCGCGCCUUGUCAUUAGAUUUGUCAAGGAUCCGCUCCUUGAGAGUUGAUCUUGUCAAGGAGCCGCGCCUUCUCAAACUUUCUGUCAAGGAGCCGCGUCUUUAGGCUCUCUAUUCUCAAGGAGCCGCCCCUUAACUCCCCAAAAAACCCCCAAAUUUUCUGCAGCGCUCAAGUUUUGGACAAAUUCUUCUUCACCACCGGCUAUCACGGUCAGAAUCUGUCGGUUUGGACGCAACGUGGAUUGAUGUUGAAAAAAUGGAGAAGUGUGGUUGAUGAAUAUAAGUGAGUACUGUAGAUCUUUCGAAUUUUUGGGUCCCGAAGCGCUUACAGUAAUCCAAAAUCAAAUAUUCCAGAGAUUUUGGCGCAUCAGUUUUCCACGAAGAUGGAAUCUAUCUGGAUUUGAUCGAUAAUAUGCCAUUCGAUACAAUGCAAUCAGUUCUGGGAACUCUUGUCUGUAUGGCUUUUGUGUGUUUUGUUUUUCUCAAUAAUCUGUUCACUGUGGCAAUUGCCUCAAUGUCGGUUCUAUCGAUUUGCGCGGGAAUUUUGGGAAUUUUAUCGUGGUGGGGAGUGGAUUUGGACCCGAUCACCAUGGCUGCUAUGAUUAUUUCUAUUGGAUUUUCGGUGGAUAUUCCGGCACAUGUUAGCUAUCAUUAUUAUCAGGCUUGUCAGUUUUUUCGAGGGGGAAUUUUUUGAGACCAAAUAUGACUAGGCUUAGGGUACUGUAGAGUUUUGGCCUGAUUCGAAAAUUUGGAAUCUUUUGAGAUCAAAUAAGCCGGGUUACUGUAGAUCGAACGAUUACUGUAGGAAUUUUUUGGCGCGAAAAUUCUGGAUUUUUCGGGUUACUGUAGCUGCCACGUGUCAACAAUUUGGAAUCUUUUGAGACCAAAUAAGCUUAGACUUAGGGUUACUGUAGGGUUUGUGGUGCGAAAAUUCUGGAUUUUUCGGGUUACUGUAGCUGCCACGUGUCAACAAUUUGGAAUUUUUUGAUACCAAAUAUGACUAGGCUUAGGGUUACUGUAGGGUUUGUGGUGCGAAAAUUCUGGAUUUUUCGGGUUACUGUAGCUGCCACGUGUCAACAAUUUGGAAUUUUUUGAUACCAAAUAUGACUAGGCUUAGGGUUACUGUAGGGUUUGUGGCGCUAAAUUUUUUUUUGAAACCUCGGGUUACUGUAGCUGCCACGUGUCAACAAUUUGGAAUUUUUUGAUACCAAACAUGCCUAGGCUUAGGAUUACUGUAGGAAUUUUUGGCGCGAAAAUUCUGGAUUUUUAGGGUUACUGUAGCUGCCACGUGUCAACAAUUUGGAAUUUUUUGAGACCAAACAUGCCUAGGCUCAAGAUUACUGUAGGGUUUUUUGGCGGGUUACUGUAGCUGCCACGUGUCAACAAUUUGGAAUUUUUUGAUACCAAAUAAGCCGGGUUACUGUAGAUCAUUUUUUGCCGCGAGAAAUACGUUUCAAAAUUUUUUCUAAAUAAAAAAUGAUCUCAAAGUGUGUAGAAUUCAAAGGCACAUAGAACUACAGUACCACAGAUUACUGUAGGUCAUUUUCUACCAAAUUUUCAGAAAAUUGUAAAUUUUUGGGUCCCGACGCGCCUACAGUAACCCUAGAUGAUCAAAUAUCUUAAGUUGUAAAUCUGAAGCUCAGAAAUAAUGCCACGUGGCAAAGCAUAUCAUGUUUAGACUCAAAAUUUCCGGAAAUUCUCGAAUUUUUGGGUCCCGACGCGCCUACAGUAACCCCAAAAUCUCAAAAUCCCGAAAUUUGCAGCAAUUCAAGAAGGACCAAUGUCUCCACCAUCUUCUCGAUUGGCCAAUUGUCUUUCAUCGGUGGCUUUUCCCGCCCUGCAAGCCGCAGUUUCGACAAUUUUGUGUGUUUGUAGUUUGCUCUUUGUCAAUUUGUAUAUGGCGGAGGUGAGCAAAAUUGCCACGUGGCAUUUGAAAAUUCAAAAAAAUUCUCCCCAAAUCUCCAAUUUUCUUCAGGUUUUCGUCAAAACCAUGGUUCUGUGUGUUGUUCUUUGCAACUUGCACGGUCUCGUCUUUCUUCCCGCUAUUCUCAUUCUUCUCGACUCGAUUCGCUGGGCCUGUAGGCCAAAAGGGGCCGCCGCUCAACGUCCGAAACCCGCACAAAAAUCGGGCGGCUCACGACAAAAGGCGAAAAACUCGAAAAUUCAACCCGAAAAAUCGUCGGUUACAGAUCGGCCUGAAGUUUAA